AGGUCGUCCCAUUUAUUUCACGCCAUAUGUAUACUCUUUCAACCGCCAAUUUGAAUCGCCUCAUUAACGGCUAUAUUCGCAAAGGUAAUCUAAGAGAUGCUCGUAAACUGUUCGAUCAAAACUCCACGUCACGAAAUACCGUCAUAUGGAACACAAUAAUAUCUGCAUACAUUCAAAACGAUGAACCGCACAAUGCCCAGAACCUGUUUGAUGAAAUGCCUGACCGAGACAUAGUUUCAUGGAACACAGCAUUAUCAGGGUUGAAAAAGAUCAAAAACCCAGAAGGGGUUUACCUUUGUUUCCUGAAAAUGAGAAGGGUUGGUCUAAAACCCAAUGAAUUCACCUUAUCGAUAAUGAUUAGCGCGAUUUUGGAUACGGUGUUCAAUGUUUUGACCCCACAAAUUCAUGCCUCCGUUGUUUCUUUAGGGCUCAAUUCGAGUGUGUUUGUUGGGUCAGCGUUGAUGAGAGGUUACGCGCAUGUUGGGGAUCGGGUGGCUUUAGGUAGGGUAUUUGAUGAGAUCUCAAUAAAGAAUGUUGCUUCAUGGAACGCACUAGUUUUGGGGUAUAUGGAUCUGGGGGACACAGAUGAGGCUCAGAGAGUUUUCGGCUUAAUGCCCGAGAGGAAUGUUGUUUCUUGGACUACUUUGGUUAAUGGGUACAUUGGCAAUAAGAAGACCAGUGCCGCUAGAGCGGUCUUUGAUAGAAUGACUGAACGGAAUGUUGUUUCAUGGACGGUUAUGAUUAGCGGGUAUGUGCAGAAUGGCAAGUUUGUGGAUGCUUUGAGGCUGUUUCUCUUGAUGUUGAGAUCAGGGACACAGGGAAAUCACUUUACGUUGUCGAGUGUGUUAGAAGCUUGUGCAGGGUGCUCUUCUCUUCUAUUAGGCAAGCAAGUUCAUUUGAACAUUUUGAAGUCCGGUAUACCAGAUGAUGUAAUCUUGUCAACCUCCCUUGUUGACAUGUAUGCCAAAUGUGGGGACAUUAAGGCGGCAUUUUGCAUUUUUCAAUCAAUGCCCAAGAAGAAUUUGGUGUCAUGGAAUUCUAUAAUAGGGGGGUACGCCAGGCAUGGGCUGGGCACACGAGCAUUGGAAGAGUUUGAGAGGAUGAAAAGGCUUGGGAUUAGGCCUGAUCACGUUACAUUUGUUAAUGUUCUAUCAGCAUGUGCUCAUGGAGGACUGGUUGAACAAGGGGAAAGGGAGUUUUACUCAAUGGAGACGGAGUUUGGAAUACAAGCAGCCGUGGAACAUUAUGCUUGCAUGGUAGACCUUUUCGGGAGAGCUGGGCAGCUAGAGAAAGCAGAGGAAUUGAUCAAGGGAAUGCCAUUGGAACCUGACGUGGUUGUGUGGGGUGCAUUGCUCGGAGCCUGUGGCUUGCACUCAAAUUUGGAACUGGGUACCUUUGCUGCUGAUGGGAUUCGGAGACUGGAACAAGAUCAUCCUGUCAUGUACUCCACGCUUUUGAAGAUUCAUGGUGAAAAGGGUGUGUGGACUAGUGUACUUGAGUUGAAGAAGAAGAUGAAAGAGCAAGGGGCUAGAAAGCAGACGGCAGGUAGUUGGAUAGAAUCAUCUUACGGUGUAGGAUGAGCGUAUCCGACAUUUGACUACAAAGCCUAUGCAAAUCAUUAGCUGGACAAGGCAAGUGGAGACAAGUUCCGGACAUUAAAUGAUCAUGUCUAGCUAAACUUUGGUUUAUGAUCGACUUUUCAAUCUCGAUAAUGAUAGAAUGAUAGAGUCGAGAACA